AUGGCCGGCCACGAGCGGCCCGUCACGUCGCUGUCGGACCUCUCGGACGUCCGCUCGCCCACGCCGAGGCUGGACACCUUCGCCCUCGACGCCUCGCGGGCCUCCACCGCCCUGCCGUGGCAGAGCGCCAGCGCGCGGGGCACGCGCAGCCACACGCCCACGAGCGCGAGCUGCCUGGGGCCCCUGGCGCGCGCGGCGGCCCUGGAUCUGCACUCGCGGAGCACCACCGCCGCCUCGUCCGUGAGGCCCCGCAGCGUGGCGGACGACCGCGGCACGCCCCAGUCGCAGGUCGUCAGCGUGCCCGCGCGGCCGCGAAGCGUCGCGGCCUGCUUCGGCAGCGGGCUCGGCGGCGACGCCUUCACGCCACCCAGGCCGCAGAGCGUGGCGGGCGGUGGGGCCUCGGCAGGUCUCGCGGAGGACGACCACGAGGCGUGGCCGCCGCAGAGGGCCGCGGCCGGGCCCGCCGAGCUCACUCUGCGGGGCCCGGGCGGCGCUGGCGCGCGCCCUGCGCCGGCCGAGUACGAGGCGGAGCUGUACGCCCAGCUCUUCCGGAGGCCACCGCCGCAGCGGAGCGUUUUCGAGGAGCGGAUCGCGCUGAAGUCCCAGCCGCGGGUCGCAGUUCGGCCCGACUUGGCGCUGGCAGCCGCUGGACCGCUGGGCGGAAAGCCGCGGCCCAUAUGGCUGCCGACGGAGCCGCCGGCGCAGGUGAGCGCACCCACGGCGCACCCGCACAACUCCUGGUGCGUCGUGGUGCAGUGGGUGCCGCCCGUCGACGCGCCCGAGGACGCGGAGGACUUCCCUUUUGGCUACGAGGUGAAUUUCCGCUCCCGCCACUCCGACCACAUCCUUCAGGUCACUGGUGUCAGCGCUGAGCCCUUCGUGCGAUUGCAGGACCUCGACCCUGGCCGGUCGUACUACUUCCAGGUGCGGGCGCGGAACGACUUCGGCCCCGGGCCCUGGAGCGCGUGGUCGGCCUCCUACGAGGCGCCGUGGCCGCCGGAGAGCCUCGGGGUGCCGCCAGCGCCCGGCGGGCCGCCCGCGCCGCGGGCGCCCGCUGCCCGCCCGGCCACGCACGCGGACGAGUCGGACGCGGCGUGGCUGGAGUGGGACGAGCCCUGCAGCCACGGGGCCGUCAUCCUCGGCUAUAGGGUUGAGUACGGGCCCGACCCCGACGACGAGGGUUCGAUCGAAACCGUCACGACCAGCAACAACCGCACAAAGCUGCGCGUGACCGGCCUGCAGCCCAACACCGUGUACUAUUUCCGCCUCUGCGCCAUCAACGACGCCGGGGACUCGGACUGGACCGGCUGGAGCGAUGGCCUCGCGACGCGAGGCCGGGAGCCGGUCGCGCCCGCGGCCCCGCAGCUGCACGGGGAGGUCUCCUCGAGGCGAAUCGCAGUGCGUUGGGAGCGGCCGGAGAGCUUCGGCUUCCCCGUCAAGCGCUACUGCGUCCGCCUCGCGAAGGACGAGCUGUCCGCGUCGGACGCUGUGGAGAAGCACGUGGAGAGUGACAGCGAGCAGCCAGAGCUCCACUUCGACGACCUCGUCCCCCACACCGCCUACUGUUUCCAGGUGCGCGCCGAGAGUGACAUGGGGUCCUCCGAGUGGAGCGCCCAGAGCGUGCCGAUCCGCACGAAGCCAGACCGGCCUGGAACCUGCGGGGCGGUGAAGGUCGUGGCCAACGAGCACAAGAAGAUGCACCUGGAGUGGGAGGAGCCCCCGAGCCACGGCUCCGACGUUGUGGGGUAUGUCCUGCGGUGGUCCAGCAGCCCGGCCUUCGACCUCGUGGGCGGGUCGGUCGAGCUGCCCGCGAGCUCUCUGGCGCCCGCGCAGCCAGGUCAGGCCGGGCAGGGCGGCCUCGUGGCGCCGCUGGCGCAGCCCUCGCUGGGCUCGGUCGCGGGCGGCGCCGUGGCCCAGCCGCAGCUGGGCUCGGCGCUGGCACCGGUGGCGCAGCCCUCGCUAGGCUCGGCUGCGGGCGGCCCCGUGGCCCAGCCGCAGCUGCGCUCGGCGAUGGUGCCGCUGGCGCAAUCCUCGCUUGGCUCAGCCCCGCCAGCCCAGCCGCCCGUGGCGGCGCCGCUGCCGCCGGCGCGGAAGCCGCCUGGCGCCGCUGCCGCGGGCAAGGCGUCGCACUGCCUGGAGGGCAAGUUCCUUCCAGGAGAGCAGGUGUACUUCCAGGUGGUGGCCAAGAGUGCGGCCGGGAACGGCGAGUUCUCCAAGGCUUCCGAGGCCGUGAAGUCGUUGGCGCACGUGCCCCAGCAGCCCAGCCCGCCCACUUUCCGGGAGCAGACGUCUAGCUCCGCGGUCGUGUGCGUGCUGGACACUUGCCACGACAGCGGGAAGCCUGUGCUGGGAUACGAGGCGCAGUACGACGUCGACCCGAUGAUGCCACAGCCCAUAUGCCUUCCGGGUCGAAUGAAGCUCGUCCGCGAGUUCCAGAAGCCGGGCCCACCAAACUGGGAGCCCGAGCAACCGAGUCUCUACGAGCAGGUCGUCAACGGCUUCGUGAAACCCGGGCCGUACUACUUUCGGGUUCGCGCCAUCAACGAGAUCGGCCCUUCUGUGUGGUCGCCAUGUUCAAACCCGCCGCUGAUGCUGAGCAGGGCCCAAGCCAACGGGGAGGGAAUCUCAAAGCCCGGUGCGCCCUGGCUUGUCGAGGUUGAGAGCACCACCUGCAUGCGCGUCGGCUUCCAGCCCACUGUGGACCUCGCGAUGCGAGGCGGCGGCGGCAUAAGAGCGUACGAGAUCCGGUAUUCGCGCUGGCCAGAGGCGCUGCAGGAAGAGGACGACGCUGGUGGCCCGAAUGGCGACGGCGAUGUGGAGGCCGAGGAGUCGAGGCCAGGGUCGCGGGCAUCGUCCCUCAGGCCGCCGAACGGCGUCGCGGUCGUGCUGCUCGUUCGCAAGGUCUGUUUCGACCAGCUCGUGUCCAGCCCAACGCUGCUGGGCCAGUUCAAGGCGCGCCUCCGCGAGGGUAUCGCGAAGGAGGCCGGCGACAAGGUGAAGCCCGAGAUGGUGGACCUCACCAUCGCUGAGGAGAGCUUUGACACCGUGCUGGUGCAGUGCGCGCUGUACAACCUGCGCCGGGGGGCCGUCGUCCACGAGAGGCUGCAGCAGGCGGACCUCGAGGCGGUGCUGCGGGAAAAGCUCGCUGCCGUGAGCGGGAUCGACGCGGUGACCACCGGCUUCCUGCACAUCUCGGAGGAGGAUCUCGGAGGCCGAGCCGCAACUCGCCCUGAGCGCGGCGGCCCUGGCGGAGUACAGGCCGGUGCGCCGCCUCGAGCUGCCGGCACCCUGGAGCACGUCGCCAGACCCCGUGCGGAUUGGCGGCUUGAGCACGGGCCGCGCGUACACGUUCCAGAUGCGCGCGCUGACGGACGCCGGCCCCGGCCCCUGGAGCAGCGCCUCGGCGCUCUUCGGGACCAAGCCGUCGGCCCCCGAGAGGCCGAGAGCUCCGUCGCGCACGUUCUCGGAGAGCAACUUCAGCAUCGAGCUCAAGAUCUUCUUCCCCGAGGCGAACGGGGUGCCCAUCACGGGCUGCCGGCUCAUGCGCCAGGGCCCCAACUGGAGCCACAGGCCGCAGGCGGAGGACUGGCAAGAGGUGACCUUCUCGGGCGGGCGCACCGUCCUCGACCAGAUGGACUGCCUGGUGGAGCGCCGCCCCAACCCUCACUGGAAGGAGCUGGACGCAACCGAAGCCUGGAACCUAGAGUGGCGGCACACCCUCAACGGCUUGCCUGCCGGGGCCUCGUUCCGCUGGAAAGUUUGCUGCAUCAACGAGGUGGGCGAGAGCGAGUGGAGCGAGCCCUCCGAACUGAUGGCGACGGACCCGAACGUGCCCGACCAGUGCCUGCCGCCGGUCAUGAACGACUUCGAGGCCGACCGGACGCCCAGCUCCAUCGCAUCACGGUGCAGCUCAGGCCCCCCUUUGACGGCGGGAUCGACAUAACCCACUACACCUUGCACUGGGCCCUGACUGGCAGGUGGGAGGAUGGUUUCACGACGGUGGACAACAUCGAGGGCCACAGCUACACGGUGGAGGGCCUGCAGCCGAACACGGCCGUGUUCGUCAGGGUCCGCGCAGUGAACAGCAUCGGCCCGGGGAAGUUUUCGGAGUGCGGCAUCAAGAAGGGCGACCAGGGAACCUUCCAGACGCUUGCGAAGGAGCCAGGCGCCUGCUACGACCUCAGCGUCCAGGCCUACCAGCACGAGUACAGCUCCGUGUACGUCAAGUGGGAGAGGCCUCUGGACGAUGGGGGCCUGCCAGUGAGCCGCUACAUGCUUGCGUGGUCGCUGACCCCUGGGAUGGAGACUACAUGGGACAUUGUGAAAAGGAGCUGCGCGAGCUUCAAGCUCGACGGCCUCCAGCCAGGCACGGACUACUACUUCGACAUCCGCGCAGCGAACAACACUGGUUACGGGCCCUUCACUGGGAAGCCCGUGCACGUGCACACCACCGACAUCCCGCCGGAGGUGUUCAUUCCACCACGGCGACCCAAGCCCCCGAAAGUGGAGGUGGUCGACAAUGGGACGACGAUGAAGCUUGUCGUCACCUGGGCGGCCAACGAGGUCUACGACGACAAGCGCGGCUUCAUCUACAGUGCAGAGACGCAGACACACAUGGUGAACACCCACGACCUCGAGAUCCUGGGUGGCUACGAGCAUCCCGAAGAGGGAGUCCAGGUGUUCACCGCAGACGCUGUGGCGCAGCGGCGCACCAAGCGCAAGGCCCCGAACAACACGAACAACGUGUUCGUCGUCACGGACGUGUACCCCGGCAGGCGCUACCAGGCCCGCGUCAGGGCCUCCAGCGACUCCGGCGUGUCGGACUGGUCCGAGCCCUCGGACGUCGCACGGAUGCCUUGCCACACCCCGGCUGUACCGCCAGCUAUGCGCUGCCUGGGCCUCACGAGCACCGAGCUCAGCCUGGAGUGGGAGGGCCCCGAUCCGCGCGGCGAGCCGGUGACGAGGUUCGUGGUCCGCAUUCGCCAGGACACGCGCCUGCCGGGCUGGGGCGGGGGAGCGCGGGAGGCCCCCGCGGAGGGCUCCGAGGAGCGGGCACCGCACGAGCCGGAGGAGCUGGGCCAGUGGGUGGCGGAGGUGGCCCUGGACGCGGCGAGCGUGCUGCACGACGAGCCGGCGCCGCAGGCGCCGAUGCCCGUCGGGAGGAGGAGGUCCAUGGUGGGGGCGAAGUACCGCUGGACUGCCGAGGGCCUGGAGCCCGCGGGCAGCUACUCCGCGGAGGUGCGCGCGGAGAACCUCGUGGGGCUCGGGGACGCGGGCCUGCUCGAGGGGCUGGAGACGGAGCCCACGGAGCCGGGCCCCGCGGGACCGCCGCUGGCGCUCGCUGGGGCGGCCGACGCCAGGUCCGUCACCUUCAGCUGGAGGGGGCCCGUCUACACGGGGGGCGCCAGCAUUGAGGGGUACGACUUCUGCUGGCUGCGCGUGCCCGCGCGGAGCUCCGGCGGCUCCGGGGCCAUGCCCCGGAGCGUGGAGGAGAUCGUGGGCGACCCCGAGGCGAAGGUGGUCGAGGUGGCGGCCUCGCCGCGCAGCUUCCAGGCGGAGGGCCUGCGCCCCGCGGACGGCGCCAUCGCCGUCGUCCGCGCACGGAGCCGGGUCCGCGGCGGCGGGUCGGCCGGCCACCCCGAGGGCCGCGGGCCCCAGGCGAGGUGUCUUGUUGUUCCAUGCGGGCAGCAGGAAAGAGUGCCGCUAGGAGCCUCGCGCGGAGAGACCCUCCGCGGCCACCGGAGACUGGCGCCAGAGGCCACUAGGAAGGACCCGCCGGCCCCAGGCGGCUACAGGCCCUUCUCGCUGUCGGGCCACUGGACCGCGCCCGCCUGCAACGGCCGCCGCAUCACGCACUUCGACCUGGAGCUCCAGCGGACGGACGGCGGCGGCGAGGUCGUGCUCAAGGAGUUCCACGUGCCGGUGGCGACGCCCCCUGAGGAGGGCGACGCCUUCUCCCUGGGCUUCGUCAGCGACGGCCUCCCGGCGGCCGCACGGUAUGUGCUCGUGGUCCGCGCCGGCAACGAGGUGGGCGACGCGGCGGACCGCCGCAUCGCCCGCCGCGCCGCCCUCUGGGAUGCCAGUCGCCUCGGCUCCGCGCCGCGCGGCCUGGCCCCGGCGCCGCGCGUCCGCGAGCCCCUGCCUUCAGGGCGGCGGCGGCCCCGCGCCCGCGGCCCCGCCGCCCCUCGGCCUGAAGGGGCCUCCGGCAGCCGGCCGCGGGCGUCUCCGCGAUGGCCGGCGACGGGAGCCCCGGCCGUUUCGACGAGCUCCUGCGCGACCUCCGCGCCGAGCACGAGCGGCUGCUGCGGCGUCUCGGCGCUGAGGCGUCUCCCGCCGGGCCGCUGCGCUCACGGUACGGGGGCGCACCCGCCGCGUGGGGCGCGCCCGAGGACCCCGUGGAGACAGUGGACCUGCCGGCGGUGCCCUCCCCGACGCCCCUGGAGGGGGGAGCGGCCAGCAGGCCGCCGGGCGGCCCUGGCCACAUGGUCGGCCACGGCCAGCGCGACACGCUGGCCGUGGCCGACGCCGGCGCCGGAGGCACCGACCGCAACAGCUCCACCGGGAACAAGAGCAGGCCGUCCGGUCCGUCCGAGCUCGACCCCGCCACCCAGGACACCACGGCAUCUCGGAUGUCCAAGCUCGGCACAUGGCUCUGGAAGUCGCUGAAGAGCGGGCCGACCCAGACGGCGCGCCACACGCUGUGGGGCAGGGUCAGCAGGAACGGCGGCGGGGAGCAGAGCAGCGGCCUCGCGACCAUGGCC